AUGGACAUCCAUCCCACAUUCGGGACGUCUCCAUCUGUUGUCGAGGUCGUGCAAAUGCAACGGCCGUUCUUGAGCGUUUUUUCCAUUCACCCUGUCUACGACGCUAUAUUCUCGCAAGCCGACGAAUUAGCCAUCGUCCGGUUUCGACGCACGUGCCAUCCAGCUCGUUUCGCAGUGGACGACUACUUGGUUCGAGCCUGCAACAUCGACAAGCAUUUAUCACGGUUCUUCACCGACACCAAGGCGUUUCGUAACUUGCAAGCCCAGACUGCGACCGUGAUCUCCGGGUCCACCGCGUUGCAGCUGUUCCUUCGCACGACGUAUCCCGGAUCUGACCUCGAUCUUUAUGUAUACCCAUCAAAGGCACGGGAGAUCGGGAACUGGUUGCUCGCUGCUGAAGGAUACGAAUACGUACCCCCAUCUGAGGCCGACCACUGGGCAGCUUCAUUCCAAAAGGCGACCGACGAACAUGGGGAACUCUAUGCCACUCUAAUGUUACUAGAUGAUGAUGAAAUUGUUGCCGAUGGGGAGGCGGGCGACGACUACUCAUCCUCCGCCGCUGAAAUCAAAAUUGUCUUCAAAUUUCAGAAGGUUAUUCAUGGCACGCUGGAUACGCUUCGUGUCCAGAUGAUCUUCAAGACCUUGUUCGCUACGGCGCUCGUCGCCAUCACACCCCUCAUGGCCUCCGCACAGGCAGGUUUCUGUCCCGAAGCAUCACGCUUCGGUAUCGCAAUCGCUACACCUAACACUGCGGUACCCGGUGACGUUGUGUCGAACUUCACCUGCCCUUUCAGCCGAGGCAUCAUCCCAGAGUGGGUUGACUAUUGGCUGCAGGUGCCGGCGGAUGUCAACAACGGGUUUGAGGCACCCGUUUUGCUUGCGCGGCACGCAUUCACGGGAACUGCUACUUCGCCAUAUGACGUGGUCAACGUUACUAUCCCUCACGCCUUUUUCUUCGAGGGCGAGCAAUUCAGUCCGAUAAUGAACAUCAUCUACCCUGUGGAGGGCACCGACGGCAGCCCGGUGUACGAACAGGGUGGAAUAUAUUUUGACCUCCUGAUCACGCCAUCGUAAGAAGGAUCCGGGUCAUGGACCCUUUCAACCAGUUGAACUAUUUAGCCACAUGUAAUGACUGUAUGAUACGUAGUGUAUACGGCACCUAUAAUGAAUGGAUGGACCUAUUCAG